ACCUGGGUAACCGCGUCACGUGUGCGCGCCGAGCUGUCAUUUGGAGGAGAGGUGGCGCAGUUGUUCUCCGCCAUCAUCCUCGGUUUUUGUCCCCCCCGGCUGCCCAGUCACGCCAUGCCAGGAGCUGCCCUCGUGUUCUAGAUAGGAUUAGUGGGUAGAGCUGGUGGAGGACAGAGGAGGCAGGAUGCUGAGCACGGUGUCCGAGCUGAUUAAUGACACGCUGCGUCUGUACACUUGGAGUCUGAGCAUCGCAGAUAAACGUGUUGAAAAAUGGCCCCUGAUGCAAUCUCCACUGCCAACACUGGCAAUCAGCACUCUCUAUCUGCUGAUUGUAUGGCUGGGACCCAGGUUCAUGAAGAAUCGAGAACCUUUCCAAUUACGCUACUUCUUGAUUGCCUACAACUUUGGGAUGGUUAUCCUGAACUUCUUUGUAUUUAAAGAGCUUUUUUUAGGAGCCAGAGCAGCAGGAUACAGUUACCUCUGUCAAUCUGUAGAUUAUUCUGAUGAUGAGAAUGAAGUCAGAGUUGCUUCUGCUCUGUGGUGGUACUAUGUCUCGAAAGGAGUGGAGUACUUUGACACAGUAUUUUUUAUACUAAGGAAGAAAUUUAAUCAAAUUAGUUUCCUCCAUGUGUAUCACCACUGUACAAUGUUUACCUUAUGGUGGAUCGGAAUCAAGUGGGUUGCUGGAGGACAAUCCUUUUUUGGAGCACAUAUGAACGCCUUGAUUCAUGUAGUGAUGUACUUGUAUUAUGGGUUAGCAGCUUGUGGACCCCAUCUCCAGAAAUAUCUCUGGUGGAAGCGAUACUUGACAAUUUUACAACUGGUCCAGUUCCACGUCACUAUUGGCCACACUGCACUCUCUCUCUACACUGAUUGCCCCUUUCCAAAAUGGAUGCACUGGGCUCUAAUUGUAUAUGCCAUCACCUUCAUAGUUCUCUUUGCUAACUUCUACUAUCGGACAUACAAAGAGCCCAAAGGAUCAGCACGAAGUGGAAAACCUGUCCAAAAUGGGAAAGCGAUUACAAAUGGUGGGGCAUAUGCCAAUGGCGUAGUGCAUAAAGUAGAUAACCACAAAUCUGGUGUAGAGACCGGACGGAAAAAGAGAAAGGGAAAAUCAAAGCGGGAGUAGAUGACCAGCUUCAUGCCUUAUACUGCCUGGUGAUUUGGAUCCACCAUGACUGGGUGAAGCACCCCCUUCAAGGAGUCAUUUUGAUUAUAUUUAUCCUGUUUGAACAAAAGGUUUAAAAGCUCUUUAGGUACAAUACUUGACUGCAGGCAUUAUUUCUUUAUCUAUAACGGAGCUUGAACUAAACUCAAUUUAUUCUUUCCAGUGCACAAGCUAGUAAUGCUAUUUUUAAUCUGUUUCUCUGGAGGGAACAAUGACAGUUUCUGUUGGCUUGUGCACAGCAAGAGGGUUCCUGCUGAAUAAUAUGUUGCGGUAGCAAAGAGGAUUCUAUAACCUGUAAUUCAGAUGAUUAAGGGGGAGGCACAAAUCACUGCUAGCAAAAUAAACCAAGGGAUCUCUCCAUUCUAUUAUAGUUAGGCAUGUCAAAAUAUUAUGGCACAUUCUCCUUGUUUAGCUGAGAAAUUGAUGCUAUUGAGUUUAAUUGCUCGCAGAAUCCGAAAAGAAACAUGAGGGCGGAGUUUCUCUGAAAGAGCUAGUAGUGUGUGAAAGCCAUACGCCAGCUCGUUUUUAUGUAUAUCCAAGGCACCAUUUUUAUUAUGUAGUUUAGCAGCUGAUGCAACAAAAAAAGAACUAGUUGCAAAAUACAACUAGAAGCAUCUAACUAGAGAGUUUGUCUGUCUUUUCUUUUCUCCUUUUUUUUUUUCCCCCAUAUAACAUUGAGAUCGUAUGUGAGGAAAUUUGGUAUACUUCUAAUAUUCCCUGUACUGCUGUUCCCGUAUAAUAACUAUUAGCCAUUUAAAUGCUAUCUUCCCUAGUUCACUAGACAUUAGAACAAAGAUGCUGAAGAUUAUAUGAAAUACAAAGUUAAAUGAAAGCGAGAGAUCAUAACCCAUACACAUAAUAAAGGCAAGUUUAACUUGAUAAUAUAUACUGUACAUUUUUCUAUCAAAUUAUAUUUGCUUUACCUUUCUAUACACCUUUUAGAACUCUUCUUCUAUUUCCAGGGGCAUGGUUGCCCUGUCUGCUUUUUUUGCUGGUUGUCAGGGGUGUCCUGUAGUCAAGUGUACCUGGGCUACAAUUUGUCCAUUUUGUUACCACAAAGACAAAGCCUAACUGGAGCAAUCAAAUAAAGAAGCUGAUUUAAUAAAUCCCAAUUGCUGCUGCUCUAAAGUAGCAUUGCAACAGAAUAAAAACUGCCACUGUCCACUCCCUAGAAUUUUGUUUGUUGAGAAUAAAAUUCUGUCUCAUCUCGAUUUGCUAAAUAUUUUGCAGUGCAAGUGUUCAAGUUGGCCGGCCGGGAUUGCAGGUGCAGAAGGUGAAAAUGAGAGACCGUUUGAUUUGUAUCUAUUUUGUGUCACUAAUGUCCCCCCCCCCCCCCAAAGUCACUGGAGUCACCCAUUUAAGGUUGGCCACAAAUGCAUAGACCUUUUUUGUUUACAAGCUGAAUAUGAAAAUAAAUGUAAUAGAUUCCCUCAUCCAAACUAUACAUGGUGGAUGAACAGAUCUCCACCUGUGGCUUUUGUCUUCUGAUAGAUGGUGCUGGUAGCUGUCAAGAUACCUGAAAAGCAGCUUCAUCUUUGUGGACGCAGCCACUGUUUGGCCAGAAAUUUCCCACCUGACUCGUUUGAUCUUUUAAUUGAAGGAUGUAAAGCGGGAGUGGGGGGUCAACAGGUCACCGAUAAGGCAUAUUUUGCCCCGUUCAUCAGCAACUGUUCGAAAUUUGAUCAGCAUAGGCCCAGCUUAACAGCCUGUCGUAAAGAACACCGCUCCAAACCUCCUCAGGUAGUACAUACAGGAAAAUCCUUUACUUUCAGGAAAAAGUGUUGCCAUUGCUAAUCUCAUAUUUUUGGCAUGUUUUGCGAUGACAGCCUGUAUAAUUUUCCAAGAAUAGUUUCUCUUAAACAAAAUAUUUUACGCAAAUUUUUUACUUGACACCAAAACCGUAAGAAAAUUUUAGACCCAAAAUUAUAUAAUGAAUGACGAUUGUUAAAUAAGGUGUUAUAUUUUAGUGAAAUGUUUGGUCACGUGUGUUGUAAAGGGGGAAUUUAGUAUCGUGGGCCUGUAGUGCAGUCCACGGAGUUAUUGCAUUGUCAUGUUAGUGAUUGUGCUGGCAUGCACAUAUUCUAGUUAAUUUAUUGCAUGAAUGUUACUGAAUGAUGGCCCAGUGUAAAGCAGACAGCAUAUCGGGAUUAUUAUUUUUUUUACUUGUGUGGGCAUUAUUGGACAUUGUUACUGGCCAAUCCAAAGACUAUGUUAAAAGCUGAAAUGUAUUAUGAAAUGUGAGAAUGUCCUACAUCGUUCAUGAGAGACGCAGCGAGUUUGCUGCUGCCAGUAAAAGAGAUUACUCCUUUUAUUGAUAGUCUUUAAUAAAUUGCUUCCACCCAGA